GAUUUGUGUGUAAUCUGCAUUAAGUGCUAACAUACUGAAGGACAUUUGUUCGCCUCAGAAGGGCUUCAUAUUCAAGGAUCAUGGUAGACAGCUUAAUAGUACCUUUGAGACUUCUCAGUUCCAUAGUGGUAUUAGGAAUUCAGCUGGUCAUCCCGCAGGAGUCGAUUGAACACAGAAAGGUUCCCCAGAGGAUAGAAGAACAAAGUUCUGAAGACGGCAAUGCAGGAAUCCCAGGCGUAUGGGGCAGUUGGGGCCCCUGGUCUGCUUGCUCUCGAAGUUGCAGUGGUGGUGUGAUGGAGCAAACCCGGCCCUGCCUCCCAAGCUAUUACCAUGACAGAAGUUAUCCUAGGCCAGGGCUACAGUACCCAGCCUCGGAAAGAGCUCUCGCACCCCAGCAUUCCCGCCGUGAUGAAGAUCCAUUAACUCCUUAUUCUGGCCAUGUCAUCUCUGCUAUCCGUACGUCCGUGCCACUUCACAGAAAUGAGGAGCGGCUUCAGAGAGGUCUCUGGGCUUUGGCUCCAUCGCCGGGCCGCAAUAACAGAGGAAUGAUGAGAGGCAGCCGGCAUUCUCAAAGGCACCGACACAAGCCAGAGAGGAGAAAUGGCAACCAAAGUCCCAUAGGCCCAGGGAAAUAUGGAUAUGGAAAAGUGCCCUAUAUACUACCGCUGCAAACUGACACUGGGCAACUGCCUCAGAAAAUACGGAGGCAGCGACAGUCAAUGAGGAACCAAGCACGUGAGCAGAAUCGGGGUCUUGAGAACACGCACAAUCAUCCCUCUAACCCUUUCGUUCAACAUGGGAACCUUUACCAAGAAGAGCAUGGACCUCAGGUGAUGGGGCCUUCAAUUUAUCAGCAGGCUUCGACCCAUUCAGAGGCCUUUCCUGCAUCUCAAAGUUUGUUCCAUGGGACUGACUCAACCCACCAGGGCUCUGCAUCCCACCCGCCAUUUCAAAGUCAACCCCACCCUCAAAGAGCUGGAGCUAUUGUGUGCAUUGGUGCCUACAGACAGUACAAAUUGUGCAACACAAAUAUGUGUCCUGAAAGCAGCAGAAAUAUCAGAGAGGUACAAUGUGCAUCAUACAACAACAAACCAUUUAUGGGUCGACUUUAUGAAUGGGAACCUUUUGAAGAAGUGAAGGGAAGUCAGAAGUGUGAACUGAAUUGCCGAGCAAUAGGUUACCGGUUCUAUGUGAGACAAGCUGAGAAAGUGAUAGACGGCACACCAUGUGAUCAAAAUGGAACUUCAGUCUGUGUUUCUGGGCAGUGCAAGAGCAUUGGCUGUGAUGACUACCUGGGCUCAGACAAAGUGGCCGAUAAAUGCGGAAUAUGCGGAGGGGACAACACUGGUUGCAAGGUUGUUUCUGGCAUUUUCAAACACACUCUAACAAACCUUGGCUACCACAAAAUAGUAGAAAUUCCAGAAGGAGCCAUUAAAAUCAACGUUACCGAGAUGUACAAGAGCAACAACUAUUUGGGUAAGUUGUGUUCUGCAGAAUGUGGUACAGGAGUGCGAACACGGUCAGUAGUUUGCAUGACCAACCACGUCAGCAGCCUACCACUGGAGGGAUGUGGGAAUAACAGACCCCCUGAGACAACCCCCUGUGACAAUGGACCGUGUGUGGGUAAAGUGGAGUGGUUUGCUGGAAGUUGGAGUCAGUGUUCAAUUGAAUGUGGCAGCGGAACCCAGCAGAGAGAAGUAAUUUGUAUUAGAAAAACAGAAGGCAGUUUUGAUGUUUUAAACCCUUAUGAAUGUUCAUUUUUGGAAAGACCUCCCAGCCAGCAAUCCUGCUACCUCAAACCCUGUGGGGCUAAGUGGUUUAAUACAGAGUGGAGCACAUGUUCCAAAUCCUGUGAAGGAGGAUUCCGGGUUCGAGAAGUGCGAUGUCUGUCAGAUGACCUGACACCCAGUAACCAAUGUGAGCCACAGCUUAAACCAGAAGAAAAGGAACUUUGUAACACUCAGGAUUGUAUGCCAGAAAUAGAUGAAAAUUGCAAAGACAAAUACUACAACUGCAAUGUGGUGGUACAGGCCCGGCUCUGUGUCUAUACCUAUUACAAGACAGCUUGUUGUGCAUCUUGCUUAAGAGUGGCCAACAGACAAUCAGGGUUUCUAGGACGCAGAUAACAACUACUCCAUCACCCAUGUUUAACUUCGAUAUGGGAACAUAAACAGUGUUACUCUUUGGACUACAACAGGUUCUACUUUAAAGAGAUGGUUCCCAUAUUGCUGAGCACAUCAAGACUAUGGUUAUGUCUCACACAUAACAUGCAGCAUAUAAUAGGAGCUUUCUGGCUUUUUAAAAUGUUCAUUGUAAAACCAUGAUUUUUAAAGCAUUAUUUUUACUGAUAUUAUUGUAUGCAUCUGUUCAUCAAAUAAUUGUUAUUUAAGGAAAUCGCCCCACCCUGCUUACUAUGAACUGAACAAAAGGAAACUCAGUCAAAUGCAUUUAUUGAAGAUAUUUGACCAAUACAGGCACAGUAACACCAUUAUUUGCUGAGUGCCAACCUUUUUUUGGUGUUUCAGUCUUAAGAUGGGAUCUAUAGAACAUGUACACUAGAAGUGUUAUGUCAAAAAGCAAAACAAAACAGCACUCUUAUGACCCACUUAAGAUCAGUUGCCCAGCACCCUAAUACCUGUGUUUAAUUACCUCAACCCUUCAUACUAAAUUAGUGUCAUGGUUAAGCAUUCUCUGCUGUAGUGACACUUUCUGCCUUCAACAAAGCAGCAAAUGUACACAAACUUUGGCUGCCUGUAAGUGCCUUGUAUCGAAUUCAUAAAUUAGUGCAUUAAAGUUAUAGCCUAUAUUUUAUAUGGGUGUUGAAAGCAAUAUAUUACCCUACACAGUGCCCUUAAGUCCUUUAAGUCUUCUCUAACCUGUGAAGCAAAUAGCGGAAGCUCAAAUUCAUGGGUGACAUUCCUACGCUGAUCUAAAUUGUCAGUUUAGACCAGCAGAGGAUCUUCCCCCAUGAUAUAGCAAGCUCAUGGCAGAAUAAUUUUUCAUUUCAGAAUUGAUCAUCAUGUAACUUGAUCAUUUCAAAUGUGUAUAAACUUCUGUUAGGAUUGCCACCUGUUUCUGUAGCUGCCACCAAAGGAGUCUUGUCUGUAGUAAGGAAAUCCUGAUGCCCAGCUGUUGAAGGCUUAUUACCCUAUAACUUGUCUUGCUUUCAUCCUGUAUUGCCAUGUUCCUCAGUAAACUUACACUUAAAGAAUAGCAUCUGUUUACACCAUCUCGUCCUGUUCCAUUCAAGAGUGGUUACAGAUUUGCACCUGGGGUUAGAUGAGCUUUCAUUUUCUACACUUGCUGUAUUCAGUCCUGGGAUUUGGGAGAGCUAAACAGAAUGAGGCAUUCAGUGCAGAUUAAAGGUAUUAAACUACCUGAAAAUUUCAGAGUUCAUCCAUUUUUAUUGAGUCUGUUUAAAAUAGUAGCACAGACUUCUCUUGGGGAGAGGAGGAGGGAAAUACCUUGCUUGUUGAAUUACUCAUUGGAAUGUACUCCAAACCCAAGUGAAAUCCUUAUUCCUGAGUCCAUUUUUUAAAUAUCCAGAUAUAAAUGGGUGCCAGCUAAUCCCAUUUAUAUGUGAUACAUGUUUACUGUUGACUAUUAUGCUACUCCUGUGUUGAUUACUAUCUGUGUUUGAUCAGGAGAACAUCAUUGUAAUCAGUGGAAGUUCUUCUUUGUCUCUAAAAUUUGAUGUCACAAUAAUGAUUCUUUGUGACUGGAGCCAUUAAAUGUUGUUAGAAUUAUGCUUAUCCUUUAAUUAAUUGGAUUAAACAAUGGGAGACCGGUAUGGAAUUCAAAAGGGUAAUUAUAUAACUUUUUAAAGUUAAUGAUCCCUUUGAAGAUUUGAAAUUACACUGGUUACAGUAGAUUUUAGACCAAAGAAUUAUGGAGAGAAAAUGAAGCAUAAGCAAAUGUCAAAUUUCCAAAGAUAGAAAAUAUAAAUUUUAGAUGAAUGUCACAUUGCAACAAAUCCUGACAUAUUUAAACUAUUUUUUUAGUCUCUUUUGCCUUAAGGAAAGUGUAUUUCAUCAGCCUUAGGGAAGGAUCUGUAGCAUGUAACGCUUAUUUGCUUCCCCAAUGAAGAAAGAAAUUAUAGUUCACACAACAAUAACAUAUGACCCAUAAAUAGUUCGCAUCUAUGUACUUGUGGAUAAAGUGAAUAAUUUAAGCCAAAUAGUGAGUUGGUAGAUAAGUAUGUGAACAUGGUGCUUUACAGGGUUUUUAGGCAAAUUAUAAAAUGAUUUGCUCUUGAAUGUAUGGCAGUUGGGAUGGCUUAUAGGGAUUUAUCUUUUUGUGGGCUCCAUUAAUUUACCAUUAAAGAAGGCAGAGUUGAUAGGAGCCAAAGGGGCUGCUGUACUCAGUGCAGGCUAGGACAGAGGAGGCCUGGCUGGUGCUGAUCUCUGUGCCUCUGCAUUUUAGAUGUAGUAAGAGCCCAGCAGCUCCUACUGCAUUUGAAAUGCAGCGCCACAGCGCAGGUGACGCCGAAGCUGGCACGAGCCAGGACUGCUUAUUCCCAGCUCUACCUCCGCUGUGACUCUGCACAGCAAUGGUUGUCAACUAGUCGUAUGGCCGAUACAAAUUGUGUCGACUAUACCAUUGGCCAGAUAAUGGCAUUUUAACAUCCUUAGUCUAGAUGGUGCCUGGUCCUGCCAUGAGGGCAGGAGACUAGUCCCUUCCAGUUCUGUUCUAUGAUUCUAAGUAAAAACCCUGUAUUGCUCUUCAGGUUCAUUGCUUUCUUAGUUGAAUGUGGUGACUUAUAUGUAGUUAUAUAAACCCCGCUAUCUGAUGUAAGGCCAAUUUUCAUAUGUACUGUUAAGAAGUAUUAGUUAGUUAAUGCCUAUUAUGCUCGCUGGCGUGUAGGGCAGCAAUGAAGAUUCUCCAUUUUUGUUUGUCUUUGGCCAUUUUCUCCAGUGUGUCCCAGUUGUAGUUCAUUCUCUUCAUAUCUGCCUCAACAGUACGCCGCCAUGUAGUCGUGGGCCUUCCACGUUUCCGUCGUCCUUCAGGCAUCCAGUGAAGUGCUACCUUUACAAUGGCGUCUGCCUCCCUUCUCAUCACAUGCCCUAUCCAUCUCCAGCAUCUUCUCAUAAUGAUAGUGGUCAAGUCCUCCUGGUGGCAUUGCAGAAGCAGGUCAUGGUUGGAGAUUGUUUUCAGCAAAAAAUGCUAAGUAUCUUAUGAAGGCUGGUGGUAUGAAAGGAUGAGAGCUUGGCACGGUCGCACUCUGUCAUCCGCCAGCACUCUGAGCCGUAUAAUAGUGUUGAUAUGACGCAGCUCUGGUACUGCUUAAGCUUGAUGAGGACACUGUACUGUGUAGAUCUCCAUACCUUGUUCAUACUCUUGAGGCCAUUUCUCGCCUUGCUUAGUCUGCUCUGGAUGUCAUUCUUGGUGCCUCCAUCAUGGCGGAUGAUGUUGCCUAAGUACAUAAAGCUGUCUGUGCUGGGUAAGUCUGCAUCAUCUAUCUUGAUUGGUGCUGGCGAAUCUAUAUUGAGAAUCAUAAUCUCUAUUUUCUUCUGGCUAACUCUUAGUCCAACCUGGCAUCCAAAGGUGCAUAGCCAUUGUGUCUUUUCCUGAAUGUGUUCAUGGGUACUGGAAAGCAACUCAAGGUCAUCCGCAAAGUCAGGGACUUCCAAUGUGGAAAAAGGUGUCCAUCUGCUACCCCUUGACGCAUCUGCUGUUGUUCUCCGCAUCACCCAGUGGAUCACCACAUUGAAGAGUAGUGCAUCCUUGUCUGACCCCAGUCUUGACUUUGAAAGACAGAUCGCAGUAUCCCACGCUACAUGUGAAGUUGCUGUAAAAACUCUUAAUGAGCUGGACCACUUAUAGAGGGAUUCUGUAGGCUCUCAGAAUGCACCAAAGGCUUUCUCUGUGUAUGCUGUCAAGAGCCUUCUCAAAUUCAACAAAGUUAAUGUACAAAUGUCUCCGCCACUCUGUGCACUGCUCUAUGAUGUUUCUCAGGGUGAAAAUCUGGUCUAUACAUCCUCUUCCCUUGUGAAAUCCGGCUUGUUCUUUCCUCAGAGACUUGUUAACAGCAUCUGAGAUCCGCUGGAUGAUGACCUUGGCUAGGAUCUUGCUGGGUGCAGAUAGAAGGGUGAUCCCGCGCCAAUUGUUGCAGUCGCUGAGUGCUCCUUUCUUAGGAAUCUUGAUGAUGACUCCUUUGGUCCAGUCCUUGGGUAUUUGUUGUCCUUCCCAAAUUGCUACAAACAGUGGUUGGAGAAUGGUGGCUGAAACUUCUGUGUCUGCUUUAAACAACUCCGUGUCCAGGUUGUCAGGUCCUGGAUUUUUGCCAUUUUUCAGGGAUCUGAUGGCUGCACUGAUUUCUUCUUUCUCUGGUGGAUCAAUAUUAAUAUCCAGUUCCUCCUCAGUUUCCUGAAUGUCCGCUGCUUCUUCAAGUGGUAGUCUAUUCAGAACCUCUCUGAAAUGUUCUGUCCAGCGUGCUUCUUGAUCUUUCUCUGUUGAUAGUAACUGCCUGUGUUUGUCCUUAAUGGGGGCACUUGUCCUGCCACGAUACUUGCCACAAACAAGUUUGGUGAUUCUGGACAUGUUUCCUUGCUCCCCUUGAUGAGCUUCAUCUUCAGCUUUUGUUGCAAGGUCCUCCAUGAAAGCUUGUUUGUCUGCCCUCAUUAACUUCUUUACUUUUUGAUUUGCCAAAUCAAAUCUCACCUAAUUAAACACCAUUUAGUAAGGAGUGACCCUGAUUGUGGCCAGAUUAAUUUCUUUUUGUCACUGGCAAGUUUCACUAUAAUAAUGAUGCAUGUUUCUUCGAUAUACACUCGUCCACUCUCCUUUCCUCUGCACACUGAUAUAGAAGGACUAAAUUAUCUGUAGUAAUAUUACAUUGUCACAUGAAGUGCACUUUUAAAACUAUUUGUUUAAAGCAGUUACUGCAUUUUAGCUAUAACAAGUGUUUGAACCAGUUUAGCCUGAAACCAUGUAUCAUUCCUAAUUCUUUCACUAUCAUUGAAGUAAGUCAGAAAUGGCGCUAAUCCGCUCAAUGGAGUUACACAGGUAUAAAACAAGCAUAAGCAAGUGUACAACCACGCUCAUGAAUUUGAAUACCAGCUUUUUGUAUAGUGUGUUAAUACGUAGUAGAAAAACAUUACUUCUCAUCAUUCAAUUCUUAAGGUCACAUGAUCUGGGAUAAAUAGAAGACCAGAGCAUGUGGGGAAUAUGUGGAUUGUCAGUAUAAAGCAAACUGCUGACAGCAUACAACCAUGGGCGCGCAGGCAAAAGUUUUCUGCCCCCCAUCUGACUUCUCACACAUCUGUAGAGAACCCAUUUUGCUGAUCUUACAUGAGAGAGGCAGAGUUUGAGGAGUGAUGCAAAAAUGAGAGUGUAGAGCACACAACCCAGCCCUGGUUUCAAAACACAUACAAUUAAUUACACUUAAUGUAGUGGGAUUGAUUUAUCUUUGGGGCAUAGUACAUCAGGUUGCAUAAACAGGGUUUUGCAUUCAUGUUGUUUUCCAAUGUUUAUAUGAUCCCAUUUCCAUGACCAAGUGGGACAGACCCAAGAUUUGGUUCUUUUAAGUAGAAAAACACUUACUAUUAUUUUAGAGACGUUCAUAAAGAAGGCAGAUGUGGAAGAGAUCACCACAACUUGGCUAAGUUCAGUGGAACUGUUCAUAUUCAGGAGGUUUGGGGGCCUAAUAGCUACUGCCAUACCUUCUUACUCAGCAAGAAAUUGUCAUGUUCAGAGCAGUGCUAAGUGAUUUUGUUUCCUUUGAACUGACUAGCUGGCACAGGUGCAGAAAUUAAUACUAGUUUUAUAGCAUGAGGGAACAAGAUAGGUUUUUAUCAGUCUGCAUCAGAAAUAAGACUAGUUAUUAGCAGACUCCUGCUAGUUCAACCAGCUCCUGAACCCUUAGUGGCUUGCUUUAUUAAACUAACUACUGAAUGAAUUCCUGGGCAAUGAACCCAGAGUACCUAUAAUUGCACAAUUAUGAAAGUGUGUAUUGUUCUAGUAUUCUCUCAUACAGCAUCUACUGUUUUAAAAAUUCCAUUAGAGCAAUCAGGUAUAGAGUCAAUAGCAAAAAAAUAAAUCAAAAUAAUUGCAGGACUUGGUUCUUAUAGAACAGCUGUGUUUAAUGCCAUUUGGCUCCUCUCUAUAAAUUGAUUUGUGAUCAGUCUAUUUGACAGUUAAUUGGGAACUUCAAACAGUGAAUGCUGAAAGUAAACUUCCUUUGUUCCUAACAUGGCUUACAGAAUAUAUUAGUGUGUGUGGCGGGGGAGGAGUGCUAACUUUUCAUCUUUAGUGUUUUUAAAUAGGGCCAAUUACUUUGCAUUGUAAGAUACAAUUAUUCUGAUCCGGUGAAAGCAUUUGCAAUCUCAUUAGAAAAUGCAUCCACUAAUACUAGCUCUGAAUUUGGCUGGUCAACUUGUAAUGAAACACAAGGAUCUAUAGUGCUAUUACUUAAAUAUUUUUAAAUGGAAGCUCCUUGGAAUUGUAAUGGUUUGGAAAAUGAAAACUCCCAUUAUUUUGGGGGCUUGAUUAUCUCCUUUAACAUUCAAUACUUCCCCAGUGACCUUUCUACCAACAUUGCUUUUGUUAGUCUGUUUUGUCAUGGUGCUUUGCAUGGGUCUCUUCAGAACUGACCCUGCAAUGAGCUCACCAUGGGUAGACCUAGGUGCCCUUGCUGACCCUCCCUGAAGUCAUUAGGGGCAUCAUGAAGUAGGGGUGCUGGAACAAUUUGUAUAGUGGAGUUGCUGAGAGCCAUUGUAUAUGAUGGAAACUACUUCAAGCCGGGGGUGCAGAAACACCCCCAUCACCUGUAGCUCCAGCACUAUGUCUUGAAGGACUAGGGCCUUAAGUGUGUAGAUCAUCAAGCCUCAAUUUGAAUAAUGCAUAAAAACUUCCUUUAUAUAUGUAAAAUUACUUUAUAGUUCACCUUAACCCAGUCAUCUGUCUGGGCAGAAGGAUAUACUUUAUUAUAACUUAUUUUUGUUCUUUGUAAAUACAAGAUGUUUAUAGGAAAUAUGUAUUCUGAGCUAUGUCUAUAGAACAAGCCACUGCACCAAAAUAGUUCAAUUAUUUAGAAUAUGCAGAUUUUUAUUAAAGGGACUUGAUGUGUAUUUAUUUACAUAUGCCAUCUAUAUUUUUGUCCUGGACUUUCAUCAUACUAACCCAACUUUUCAUAGAAUUGUAUAAUAUAUUGUAUAGCUUAUGUCAUACUGUAAAUCCAUAGUUACCAUUUUGCAAUUUUCUAAUUAGUCAGGUCCUUCAGUGGAUUUAAAGGGGGGAUAUAAGUUAAAGUACUUUGUGACUAGUUCAGGAAUUUGUAUCCCUGGCAAUGCACCUGAACCAGAAUUGUACAGCAUCCUUUUCAUAUUGUAUACAUUUUCUCUCGGAUGGAAAAAUUUAACUAUUUUUGUUUAUGACUAAUUUAUUUUUUAUUGUUGUGAAAAAUAAAGUAAUUAAAGAUCA